AAUAAAUUUAGUGUAAAUGAUACGAAAGAGAGGAGGAGUAGUGCUAAGAACAUGUUGAGUGCGAAAGCUCCUGAUGUAGAACACCAUGGUACCUCUGAUGGUUCCUGCAAAUCCGCUUACAUAGCUAAACAAGAGAAACCAAACGCCUGGGCUAAACCACUAGUGCCCCCACCUUCCCCUUCAGCAGACGAUAAACCAGCCGCACAGGACCCGGUACAGAACGGAGAUGUCAACAAACAACAGAAGCCCGUUUCAAAUGGAGUAGCAAAUGAGACGGCCCCUCAAAAAGCAGCUCCCGCAAAACCUACUGGUCCAAUCAAAGGAGGACUAGCAAAAGCAAACAGCAGUCCCGGAGGAAAGACUUCACAGGGCAGUAAAUCUGGGGGAGGGAAAACAGUGACAAUCAGCGAGCCUCCCAAACAAAAUGGUGGUUACGUCCCAUCUGGUGGUGGCGGGAAUCCAUGGAGAACGCCCACUACGAUUGUGAAAGUGAAUCCAGCUGACACUGAUGGUUUGGACAACGAGAUCUGGCCAACUUUGGACCAGCCCGCUCUUCCAAAGGAAAUUAAGCCUCCUACCACCCCUACAGUCACCGCUAAAGCACACCCUUCUCCUAAGGUAGCUGCUGCAGGUCCGGUCCCGCUUCCCCCCAAAGAGGAGGAGGAGUUGGAGCUGACUGGGAUCCCAGAGAGACAACUGGGAGACGAGGAUGUGUUGAAUGCUAAUGAUUCUCCUCGCAAGAAGAAGAAAUGGGUUCCGCUGCAAGUUGAGAUAAAAACCACGACAACAGACGAGAAACUAGCGUCGCAUUACCAGAGAAUGGGUCGUCCUGUCGACCGAACCAACACAUCCCGUUUUAAUCUGGAAGCCGAGGAGCGAACGUCUCGACGUGGUCGCAGGGGAGGUGGACACAACAGUAACCGAUCCAGGGCCCGGAGUAGCGUUGAUCCAUCUGGAUCCCAGAACAACAACAACACGACCGUUCCUAACCCUGUCAACAUGCCAGCAAUGCCCUUCAAUCCAGCCGGGUUUGACGGGACAACUGCCAUGCCUCCUUACAUGCCCGCGUUUGCUGGUCUUCAUUUCGGUGGUCCAUACUUUUACUCACAACCACUGUUUCAUUCGUCCCCCGUGGAGCCUGACUCAGUGAAAGACAUGGUCAAAAAACAAGUGGCGUACUACUUACUCUCCCCCUCUAACUUACAAGGGGACUUCUUCCUGCGUUCUCAGAUGGACCCAGAAGGUUGGGUACCACUUACUCUCAUAGCCUCCUUCUACAGGAUAAGAAACAUGACUACCGACCUAGGUCUUAUAGCAGAGGCUAUUGCUGAGAGCCCCACCACGGAGUAUCGGGACGGGUUUGUCAGAAGAGAGACGACUGGGACCAAUACCUGGCUAGCGAGGCAAAGUUCAGGCAAGAAGGAGGCGACUCUCAGGACAAAUUGGAUGCUAUUGAUGCAAUGGUACCUGGCUUGCCCCCGACUGGUUUGGAGGCACCCCCAAGGCGAGAGAUCCCUGAUAAGAAGAAAGAAGAGGGAGGAGCCAAGGAUCAGUCUGAACCAACUUUGGAGCAGAGUGAGCAGUGGCAGGAGGCAUGCUGACAAAGCCUGGGAGUCGGACGAAUACGAGAAAGAUUAUCUGACUGAUGCGGAGAUUGCUAAGAUUGUGGUUGUCCAUCCUACUCCACCGACCUUCAAGAAACAUCCCCAGGGAGACCGUCACCCCGGUGACCAUACCUCCAGAGCAGACAGACUCCUGAACAAGGAUCUGUUUGAAAUCAUCAACGAGGGAUUAUAUCGUUUCGAGGAGACUUUCACCCAGGAACUGAUCGACGACGGUCCAGGUCAACCCUCCAGCUUCAAAUCUGUCGACAUGAUCAGUCGAGAGGAGUUCCAGAAGAUUCGACGAGAACAGCGAGAGUCAGAGUCUCAGAUAGAGGAGCCGGUGGAACAGAGUGAUCCUCCCCCUCCACCCAAACCUAUUCUGGUGGAGUCGCACCUCAACCCUGACGCUAAACCUUUCUUUAUUCCUUCUGCUGAGGAAAAUAAGCAAAGGGCAGGCAGACAGAGAACAAAAUCAGACUCUGGUACUCAGACUGAGAACGCUAGGAAAGACGUGAAUGUCAACCCUAGAUUCUAUCCGCUCCCUGACAAGAAGUCAAAGGAUGAAGUCGAGCCUAAGACUGGAGAGCUGCCACGCAAGAGGAAGACGAAGUACAGUUCCAACCCUCCUAUGGAGAGUCCUGUUGGUUGGGUCAUGGGAAACAAACCUAGAUACAACUCAACGAGCGAAGAAGCUGCAGGUGCCAGUACAAGUACCACGCCCGUGGAACCCAACUCUCUCCCCAAAUAUAACCACCCCUCGCACGAUCUUCUCAAGGAAAACGGAUUUACUCAGACCGUCUAUCACAAAUACCAUCAGAAGUGUCUUAAAGAUCGAAUAAAGAUGGGUAAGGGACAGAGUCAGGAAAUGAACACCUUGUUCCGAUUCUGGUCCUUCUUCCUCCGAGCUAACUUCAACAGAAAAAUGUACGAGGAAUUCAGAAAACUUGCCGUUGAAGACUCCCUUGCUGGGGCCAGGUACGGUCUGGAGUGUUUGUUCCGAUUCUACAGUUACGGACUUGAGAAAAGGUUUAGGUCAGACAUUUUCCGAGACUUCAUGGAGGAGACUUUGAAUGACUUCGACAAUGAUAAUGUUUACGGACUUGAGAAAUUCUGGGCUUUUCUUAAAUACUACAAGGGAGACAGCAAUAGACUGAAAGUAACGCAGAGAAUAACCAAAUUGUUAGAAAAAUACAAGACACUGGAUGACUUCCGACGCGAAAUGUUCCCGGAGGCAUAUGGUCUACCACCUCGCACUCGCACCACCAGCCAUUCUGACAGAAGCGAGGUAUUCAAACCCAAAACAGAAUCAUCAACGGAAAGCAAGCGAAACCGCACUGUAUCAUGUAACGUUGAACUGACCGGGAGGUCAUCGCGCGCCUAAGUUGCGCACGUGGGCGCAACACUAUAUCAGUCACUGCUAACUGGUGAACUGUCAAGGACAAUUUGAAGAUGUGAUGACGUCACGUGAGAUGUCACGUGACCCUGUGGUUCACGUGGUUUGGGAUAGUGCUCAGGAAAGGAUUUUAAAAUGACUUUAGCUGCGCAGCUAUAUAAGCAGUGGGUUGAUUCGUGAUUUACGUAGUUUGAUACAAGAUAUAAAGUGGUGUUAUGAUUUACGAAUUGUGGGAGAAUUUACCUAAUUGAUUGGGGACAGUUCCGAUACUAUGUACAUCACUAGAGAUUAGUCGUGCAAUUCAAGGACAGAAACAAGCGUGUAACACGUCGUACUGUUUUACGAAGUAAUAAUCACUUAAAGAUUAUAAACUAUAAUACCGGGAAAACUUUGCAAAAAAAUGUUAAAACCAGACAUAAAUACGCCACAAAAAAUGGUUUUAUUUUGAUCUAAAUAAUAAAAUGAUAUGGUUAGUAUAUCAGAUAUGAUAAAAUACGAUAAAGGAAUGCUGUAUCAGAGUGAACGCUAAGAACGAUUAUACGUCUUCAUUCAUUACCUAACAGUAACUGAUAAAUUUAAGAUGUUGUAAAUGGAAUCUUGAAAUAUUUAAGUACAAACUCCCAAUUUUUUGUGAUAGAAAAUUUGACUUAUGUGAAAUACCAAGCCAGACAGAAUAAGCUAUGUAAUUUUAAAAACUUUUGGCCAGAGUUUCUUCACGAAUGUCCCAUACCGUGUUUCCCAUGCGACACAACGCCCUAUCGGUCCCUAACGUUGUCAGUGUCAUAUAUCCUCUUAAAAUAACGGCACAUGACCCUCACUGCAUUCCUGAUCGCGUAGUGUCACAUGGGAAACCGUUAUAUGUAAUGCUAUGUUCGGGUGAGAAAAAAUUUUAUUCGUACAACAGUGGGCUUUUUUAUUAUGAUAAUUAACAGCAUCUUUAAUUCAACACUUCAGAAUGUAAACGGAAUAAUUAAUUAAUUAACUUAGUGCACAUAACCAUUUUAAUUUAUUUAAAAUCGGGACGACUUAUUUUUUAGACUAGUUGGGCCGGUUUGAGAUGUGCAGGACAGUUAAUUCGAUUUAAUUUGAUAUAGAAAUGAUUCAAGUUUAAUACCACAAUGCAUGGCCCCCUGUGUAGAUGAUCAUCUUCCGUGAAUGAAUUUUGGAGAUAAUUAUAUACUCAAACAAGCUUCUAUUUAAAGAUCAGUUUGAUUGAUAGCAAAGGUGGCGAAGUGAUCAAAUUUACGUUAUAAGUUUUUGGAAGUUAAAUUAUAUUUUAUUGUGAUACAUGUGCUCGAGCUAGAUUGCAAGGUUUUGGGUUGUCAAAUAAAAGGUUGCCGUGAACUUUGGCACUAAUGGCCCCCCCCCCCCCCCCCCCCCCCCUAUUAUUUGUAUUCGAAGACCUGUACAAACUUACAUUUUGUACAUACAAGUCUCUCUACAAAAUAUUUUGGACAGUAUAACCAGGUGAUUUUAUAAUUUAUUCCGGAUUGUUAGUCGGUUCUGAAAGUUCACAGCAACCUCAAUAUUUAGUGAAACUUAUGUGCUUACUGUCUCGUUGCCCUUUAUAAGUAUCCCAUAGUUUUUUGGGACCCAGGCUCAAGCUGAUCUUUUGUCCUUUAAAGACAGUAUCUGGUUAAAAUUUAGACGAUAUCUCCUUACAUUUAGUAAGAUAUUUUCAAAGAUAUUAUUCAGAUAUCAUAUGUUGUGCCGGGGCUUGCUGCACCAAACUUGGAGCGACAGACUGGACUAUUUGUUGUGCUGUGCAAACUCGUUUUAAAGUGGAAACUCUCCUGAAGUGCUGCGCGCAGCAGAAUUAACUAGAACAGUCUGGAAUGUUCUGAAUUUGUCACAAUAAUGAUCACUCCGUGUGUACGAGAAGAUGUGAAUGUUCGCUUAAUUUUUUAAGAAAUGCAAGUGCGUGAUGUUUUUAUCUCUUAGAAUUACGAUAUUUUUCCAACAACAUAGCUAAUGCCUCCGAAAGUUGCCUGGCGGAUGAAAGGAAUUUUAUCGGAAAAUUCUUUACAUAAUGAUUAUCACUACAAUAAUUAAUUUUUUAAAUUUUUCGGACAACUACUUUCCCUGGAGAAAAAUCUUGAAAUUAUUGAUUCCACAAAAAAACAGAUGACGCCAUAGCACGUGAAAAAUAUGACCAGAAAAUAAUUUUUUAAAUCACAGCGAGGCUUUAGCUAUGUUCAAAAACUCUAAUUUAUUCGCCAUAAGACUCCUUUAUAAGUUAACGUUAACCUUUAUUUAAAAACCAUUAACUGUUUAACUGGCAAGCCUUAGGUUUCUUUAUAAUAUUUAAUGGGUAAAAUAAGUAUUUAAUCAGUGGGACGGUCGUUGUAGGAGAAAACUCGUCAGUUCACAUUGAAGUUGAUAGAUAAAAUCUGAGAUAAGGCAAGACGCUAUGUCCUCUUAAGAUCAUUUUAAAGCUAUGUCGUACCUUUUUCCAUAAAUGGGACUAAAAAUAAAUAAUCGCCCUAAUUUAUUAUUGCAUCUGAUCAAAAACAAACAUAUUCUUGUCAACUUUCAAAUUGUCAAGAAUGUGUUUGUUUUCUAAUGAUCGUUAUUAUUUAGAACCAUAAUAAUAGAACAUCAAUCGCAGUUUCACGUGUUAAGAUUGUUAUGAUUCCCUUGUUUCCUCGUUUUUAAAUGAGAACCUUAGAUGCCCUGAAUUGUAAACUUGCUUAUUCUUCAGUUAAUAAAAAAUCAGAA